CAUAAUGGCCAUUGACAUGCGAGAAAAAUCCACGAUUGGUUGUGCGUACUUUACCACCGAAGAAGGCGUCAUACGAAUUUCAGAGGACAUUCCCAUGGCAAAUAUGGACAUUGCCGAACAAUUCCUCAUUCACAUCCAACCUACCACCCUGCUCAUAUCAGCCAGAGCUCCUGAAGAAUUUCACGUGUAUCUUGAAAAGCAAUGUGCUUCUUCAGACGAAGGGGGAUCCUCUCAUGGUGUCAUUUUUCGUGGCUUGCAAUCUUCAGAAUUCUCACUCGACUCAGCUUUCGAACGAUUGCUCAACCUCCAAGUCGCUCAUUCACACUCCAUUAAAGCGAUCUUCUCAGGUGGCAUUGACGGCGACCCACAUAAUGACGGUGUUCGCCAAGCAGAUGGAGGCCUGAGACAGGAAUCCCGAGUAUUCAAGUCUCUCCGCUGUGGUGCAUCUAUCAAUCUUGGCAGCCAUGUUUCCGUCGGUUGCGCCGGUGCUGUGCUAGGUGAUCUCCACCGCCGCCGGUCUGCUGGCUUCCUACCCGACGGACAGGUCGCAGGUGUUCUUUUCCGCGUUCAGUCGGUUGAGAUGUUUUCGCUUUCAGCUUACAUGUUUGUCAGCUCCGAUGCUCUCUUAUCCCUCCAACUUGUCCAGACCGAACUUCACCCAAACAGCCAGGCAUUGGGUCCCAACCUGAACAAAGACAGCACCAAGGAGAGUUUAUCGGUCUAUGGCCUUUUUCACUAUUUAGCGUGUACGUCCCAGGGCCGAACGCGAUUACGACAAUUGUUUCUCCGCCCGGUGCGUGAUAUGGGAUUAAUCAGGGAGAGACAGAAGACUAUCUCGGCGCUACUCCAGCCCGACAAUGCAGACUGUCUUGCCCAAAUCACUUCACUCCUACACAAGAUCCGAAACAUUAGAACAACAUUUACUCAAUUAAGAAAAGGCAUAGAGUUUCCGUCAGCUGGUCAGUCAUUCGACAAAGGAGUAUGGGCUACCAUCCAAAAUUUCACGGCUCAGAUUUUAGCCCUAAGAGAGGCUGUGGCAUCGCUGAAUGGAUGUGCUGGCCUUGAGAUAAUUGACAAGCUCCUCGAUGGUCUUGCCGCCCCUAGUUUCGUUUCGGUCGGUGAUAUGAUCAACAAAACGAUUGAUUUCGACCAGUCUAAGUCUCGUCAUCGAUCAUCUGUCAAGACUGGAGUGGAUCAUGAACUUGACGAGCUCAAGAGAAGAUAUGAUGGAAUGGACAGCUUCUUGACAGAAGUGGUCAAUCACAUGAACCGAGAGCUACCAGAAUGGGCUUGUCAGUACGUACGCUCUUGCAUCUUUCUGCCUCAAAUCGGGUUCCUCACUGUCGUUGAGCCGAAUCCAGACACCGGCAACGGUCGAUAUGAGGGAGAGGGUGCAGCUGGUGGGGUAUGGGAUAAACUUUUUGAGGCGGAGGGAGCUGUAUGCUACAAAAACAGCUACAUGACAGAACUCGACGAAGAGUAUGGAGAUAUGUACUGCCAGAUCGGAGACAGGGAGGUUGAAAUCAUCCACGGGCUUGCCAACAGAAUCAUAAAACACGAGGAUGCGCUUGUCUCGGCGUCGGAUAUUUGUGGCGAAUUCGAUGCGAUCAUGGCACUGGCUCUGGGAGCAGACAAGUACGGAUGGCGAGCACCCACGAUGGUUGAGGCAAGUGUGAUUCAGAUCGAGGGCGGCCGUCACCCUCUGCAAGAACUCGUUGUGCCGUCUUUCGUACCCAACAACUGCCGCCUCGCAUCGGGAGAAUCCGAUUGCGACGACUACGAUGGAAAACUGCCGCAAGCCUUGGUUCUAACUGGGCCAAAUCAUUCCGGCAAAAGCGUCUAUCUCAAACAAGUGGCCAUCAUCGUCUAUCUCGCACAUCUUGGUAGCUUUGUGCCUGCUAGCCAGGCCACGAUCGGUCUCACAGACAAGAUUCUAACAUGCAUGUCUACAAGAGAGAGCAUGUCCGGGGCUGAGAGUGCAUUUGCCAGAGACCUAAAGCAAGCGGCGUUGUCGACGAGAUGCUCAACUUCACAAAGUCUCGUUUUAGUAGACGAAUUCGGGAAAGGGACCAACGCAGAUGAUGGUUCCGGCUUAUUCGCCUCAUUAUUGAAUCACUUUCUGGCCUUGGGGCGAAAUUCACCACGGCUCCUAGUAGCAACCCAUUAUCAUGAGAUCUUCGAGGGAGGUUACUUACGGGAACACAAGGGUCUGUGUUUGGCCCACCUAGAUGUGAGAGUGGACUGGAACGCACCACAGCCCGAUGAACAGGUGACAUACCUUUUUAGCCUUGCUUAUGGACACAGUACCUCAAGUUUUGGAGGCAAGUGCGCAGCGCUAAACGGUGUCCCAAGCACGGUUGUUGAGCGGGCCGACGCGAUUGCUUUGCUUCUAGCACAGAAUGAGGACAUCGGGGCGAUUUGUACUCGUCUAUCACCGCAAGAAGAAAAGAAGCUAGACGAAGCGGAAAGAAUAGCCAGAAGGUUUCUAGGUGAAGACUUUGGAGGAGAUGGAAGUAACGUGAGCAGAGAUGGUGGAGGGUCCGUCAAGAGUGCUUUGGAAGACUUGCUUUCAUAAGACCUGAUGUCUACCGUUCGAGGAGACGCAGGCGUAAAUAUGCACGGCGAAGGGAGAGCCACAGUGAUAUUUCCGGAGGGGUGUAAGAACUCAUGAGAAGGCCUCAUUUCGAUGUAGCACAGGGACAAAGGAAAAGGAAAAGAAUAAU